AUGUCCUCACCAUUAAGCUUUAUUUUAUUUAUUUUUUUUCAAUUUUUGUUCUCAUCAAGUUUUUGCUCUUUAUCUAAUUCAACUCAUGAAGUAAUUAUAAUAGGAGCCGGGCCUUCCGGAAUAGCAGCAUUUUCUGUAUUAGCCAAAAAUAAAACGGAUGUUAUAAUUCUUGAAGCUGAAAAUAGAAUUGGUGGGCGAAUCAACACUGUGGAAUUCGGCGAAAAUGUCGUCGAUUUAGGCGCACAAUGGGUUCAUGGAAGCAAACAUAUAGGAUACAAAUUAGCUAACGAUUUUGGAUUGAUAACAAAAAGUAAUUUUUCGCUCAUAAAUUACUGCUAUUCGAACCGGAAAGAAAUACCCAACGAUUUAAUUGUUAAAUUCCAAGAAAUCUCUAUGGAAAUAUUAAAAUGUCAAGAUAUUCAAGAAGAACUAACAGUGGCUGAAUUUGCAACGGAAAAAUUUAAAAACUUAACUUCCGAUUUAAAGGUACCGGAAGAAUUUCCGAAUUUAUUAGAAGAUAUGUUAGAGAAUCUCAUGCACAACUAUAUAGCUGGUUUAAGUGCUUUUGAUUGGAAUCAACCUUCCGCUCGUUCCGAUAACGAAGAUUGCGACGAAAAUAAUUAUAAUUGGAAAGGAAAAGGUUAUAAAACGAUCUUAAACGUGUUAUUAGAUAAAACACCUUAUGGUUCGGAUAACUUUGAACCUGAAAAAAAGAUUUUAUUAAAUAAAAAUGUUAUAAAAAUAAAUAGUAAUAAUAGCGAGGGUAUUGUAAAAAUUUAUUGCAACGAUUCAACCGAAUACAAAGCAAAACGAGUAAUUUUCACACCAUCUUUAGGGGUUUUAAAAGCAAAAAUGAAUAUGUUUCAUCCGGAUUUACCAGACCACAAGCAAAGAGCUAUUAAAUCAUUAGGAAUUGGGGGAGUUGCAAAGGUUUUUUUGGAAUACUCAAACGAUUGGUUUAAUAAUCACGGAAAAUUCGAUGUAUUAGAUUUAAUUUGGGACAAAAAUUUACGAAAAUCAUUAAAGAAUUUUACAACGGACGAAGGAGUUCCUUGGAUUACCGAUUUAGCCGCAAUUUUAUCCGUUGAUUAUAACCCGAAUUUACUUUAUCUUUGGUUUGACGGACAAACCAUACCUUUCAUAGAAAAUUUAAGCGAAGAAGAUUUAAUGGAUGGCAUUCAAUUUGCGUUGAAUCAAUUUUUUGGGCAUAAAUUUGAAAUCCCAAAGCCGAUUAACAUAUUAAGAUCGAAAUGGUAUACUAACGAAAACUUUUUGGGCACGUAUUCAUAUCAAACGAUCGAGUCGAGGAAACAACCCAGCAAUAAGCAUUUAGGGGAACCUUUACAAGAUCAAUAUGGAAAAGAUGUGAUCUUUUUCGCAGGUGAAGCAACUUCGCUUGAUCAUUUCAGCACAGUUCAUGGAGCUAUCCAAUCGGGAUUUAGAGAAGCAGAUAAUGUACUAAAAAGUUUAUAG